AUGUCGUUUUGCUCGUCCCUGUCAUAUCCCAACUCUCUGUUUCUCUCCAAAACCAAACCUUUCUCUGCUGAUAUCAAAUCUCCAACCGUCUCCCUCAGCUCUCGAUUCAGAGCUUCUGCUGACGUUCCCGAUUUCCUCUCAGCUGAUUGGUUAGAAUCUCGCAAGAAGAAACCCUUUGGCCCCAGAUUAAAUUUUAGCGCAGAAGAAGCUGUUCAGCAUCAGCUUGAUGCCUUGAAGUACAACGACCAACCCCGUCAAGAUUAUGGCAUCGAAGUCAUGUACAGGUUUGCUGGGUUUGAUCCUUUUGAGAGAUCCACCUAUUUUGGGCCAUUCUUUGAUUUGGGGCAGUUUGAACGAUUUCGGCGGAUUUUUCACCAUUCGACCUAUAGAGUGUUGCUAGGCCACAAGGAGAGGAAGAUGUUGAGCAGUUUGUUCGUAGAGGAGAACCGAUUCAAGCAGCGGGUUUGGAUACGAGGAAGUCGUCCAGAGGAAGAAGAAAUAUUUCAGUUCACAAUGGUUCAGAGGGUUGGAGGUUCAUGGGAUGGUUAUUGGCUAACGGAGAGUUUACUUCAUGAUGGAGAUGCUUUUGCUGGCGGCUUGGCUUAUUGA